GCAAGAUAUUUCCCUCUCUAGAAACUAUAAGACCAUGAGUGGAAGGUGUGGAUUUGAGCAGAGACCAUGGCAACCGGCUUCGUACUACUGCUGCUGCUCUUUGUCCUAAAUGGAGCUGAUGGUUCUCAUAUUGUUGGAGGCAGAGACUCUGCCCCCAAAUCGCGGCCCUACAUGGCCUCGCUGCAAGUCCAAGGUCGCCUCAACUGUGGGGGAGCCCUGGUGAAAGAGGACUUUGUGCUCACAGCAGCACAUUGUCAGAUACCCAUACCAUACACUGUUAUACUUGGAGCUAAUUCCCUGGCCGGUAAUGAACCCACAACGCAGGUGUUCAGUGCAGUCAGAUCCAUUCCUCAUCCCAACUAUGAUGGAGUUGCCAAUGAUAUCAUGCUCCUCAAGCUCAACGGUAGCGCCCAACUGACUGAAGCAGUACAGCUGAUCGCUCUGAAAAGGGGCAGGAUGAAUACAACCAGUCAGUGCAUCACAGUUGGCUGGGGGGACAUAGAGGAUAACGGCACCUUACCUGAGAACCUUCAGGAAGUCAAUGUGACCACCCUGCCACAGCGAACAUGUCGUAGGAGAUGGAAAGCUAGAGGUGUUCGGAUCAACAGGACUAUGGUUUGUGGCGUUGGGGGCAGCUCCUUUCAAGGAUUCUGUUCGGGGGAUUCAGGCGGUCCGCUGGUGUGUGAUGGAGAGGCAGCAGGCGUCGUCUCCUUCUCUGGCCGGCGAUGCGGAGACCCCAGGACCCCUGAUGUCUACACAUGCAUUUCGUGCUUCAGAAAAUGGAUUACAAGCGUGUUGAACAACAAUUAGGCAAAUUAGAUUGAAUAGUAAUGUGUCAAUACGCUUAAUUUGGAUGUAAGACAAGACAAGGCUCUUUAUGAUACACAAACAUGGUGUUAUGUUUUGUUUUAUUUCUGCUUAACAUGCAGUGCUUUGGUUAAUUAGAUGAGGUAAUAAAUUAUGCUUUUGUUAUACAUUACGCAUUUGAAUAGGUCCGGCAAAACUCUUUUCUUUCUGGUUUCAAAAGCAUACUGAGCUGAAUGUAAUAAUAAAAAUUAAAAAGUAAGGCAAAUUCCCAUGCAUUCAUUUGGUGUCACUGUUCCACUGAAGAAAAAUGCAUUUUAUGGGUCGAUGUUUUGUUCAUGUUUGCAUAUUUGGUU